GUCAAGAUGAUCCACACCAACACCACCACUUUCCACCCAGACACCUUUUUUCUUGUAGGCAUCCCGGGGCUGGAGGCUUUCCAUGGAUGGAUUUCCCUGCCUUUCUGCUCUGUUUACUUAAUGGCUCUGCUGGGCAAUGCUACAAUUCUGUUGGUCAUCUGGUCUGACCAUACACUGAGGGAGCCUAUGUUCUAUUUUCUCUCCAUCUUAUCAGCUAUAGAUCUAGCACUGUCUACGUCUUCAGUGCCUCGAAUGUUAGGUAUCUUCUGGUUUGAUGCACACGAAGUCAGUUUUGGAUCCUGUGUGGCCCAGAUGUUUCUGAUACACACCUUCACGGGCAUGGAGUCUGCGGUCUUGUUGGCCAUGGCCUUCGACCGCUAUGUGGCCAUCUGUGCACCGUUGCAUUAUACAACCACUCUGACACCCCGGGUGUUGGCAGGCAUUGGUGUGGGUAUCGUAAUGCGCCCAAUCCUGCUCAUGUUACCCAUUGUGUACUUAACCCAUCGCCUGCCUUUCUGUGAUGCUCGAAUUAUUGCCCACUCCUAUUGUGAGCACAUGGGCAUUGCCAAAUUAGCCUGUGCUAACAUUCGCAUCAAUGCUAUAUAUGGGCUCUUUGUGGCUUCUUUUCUCAUUUUGGAUGUGGUCCUGGUUGGAAUCUCCUAUGCUUACAUUCUCCAUGCAGUGUUCUGCCUUCCAUCUCGAGAUGCUCGUCAUAAAGCACUAAGCACAUGUGGUUCACAUGUGGGAGUCAUGUGUGUUUUCUAUACACCAUCACUUUUCUCCUUCCUCACCCACCGAUUUGGCAAAAAGAUCCCCCAUUACAUCCACAUUCUUGUUGCGAAUCUGUACGUGGUCAUCCCACCUGCCCUCAACCCUAUUAUCUAUGGUGUGAGAACCAAGCAGAUUCGUGACUAUGUGGUCCAUGCUUUCAUGUCAAAAUAA